UGGUUCUCCCACUCUCUUCUUCCAUCUCUCUCUUGCUUUUGCUUUUUAAUUUUUGGUGCCACUCUGCGAAAAUUCCCAAGCUUUCUCAGCUUUCUCUUUGCUAAAUCAAAAACCCUAGACCUGUUUUUCCAUUUCAAUUUUUACCCUUCUGUUUCGCUUUCUUGUCACCUCAGAUCCAAGGCAUUGUUUGUUUUGCUCGGGGGAUUUCAUUUUGUGCAGGAUCGAAGUGUGGUGUUUGUUUUGAAGUGUGGUGUUUGCUCUGUGUACUGCAAGCUUCAGUGGGUUUUCAAUUUUGUAGUGUGGUUUUUGUUGUUGCCUUUUAUUUUUUGGAUGAAGAAUGUCGUUAUGAGUUGUUUGAUAGGGAGCGUAGAGAAAAAUUUUGGACGGCUUUAACGAGAGAAUUGACGGUUGCCCUGUCCUGAUUGAAUUCACCUGGUGAACAGAAUAAGAAAAUGCUGGCCAUUUGCCUCUUUUGACCAACCUGUCACUUUUAUUGAAUUCUGCUCGGCCAGAUUUUACCCGAAUGGAGGAUUCCCCGAACCAACCAGUGGAAGCAAAACUGGAAGAUUCCAUUGCUCAGUCAGGUGAAACGCAAUUGGACGUUCCAGUUCUUGUACGGAGUGAAGAUAUAGUUGUGAAGCAUCCCAAAUCGCAAAAAGCUCCUGCCGUCAAUUCGUCAACAAAUGCAAAAAGAAGUAUAAAAACUGUGAAACCUUCUGCUGCAGAUGCACCGAAGGUUAGCUCAGUUAGAAGGAGUAUGGAGUCUAAAACAGCUCUAGAUUCCAGUUCUAAUCUCACCAAAUCAACUGCAAGUGGGUCUACUCGAGUUUCAGGCUCAGUUCCAGCGACGAGAAGAAAAAGUACAGGAGGAUUGCCCGAGAAGUCACCUGCAUCUUCCUCAAAAAAAGUAAACAAUGUCAACAAUGCUGCAGCCAUGAGGACUCCAGCACCUGAACCAACAAGGCAUUCUCUCCCAGAACUUAAAAGGAGCUCAUUGUCUUCAGUUGUCUCCAAGCAUUCACCUCGAACAAGCGUACCCGAGGCUAGAAAGUCUGUUCCAAUUUCAUCAGCAGACAGGAGUUUGAAAUCUUCGAUAUCAUCUGAUACACCUGAGAAAGCAACAAGUAAAGAAGCUGCUAAGAGGUCUUCAAUUAAGUCAACACCAUCAAUCUCAUCUUCUCUUACCUCAAGAAGGCUCACAUCCACUUCCCUGGAUAGCAGCGCCAGUAGUGGCAGUGUAGCUAGAAAGACAAUCUCAAAGGUUUCCUCUCCAUCAGCUCGGUCCCCUGCAUUUUCUAGUGGAUCAAGGGCUGCAUCUUUAUCCUCACCUCUUGAAAAGAAUUCGAGAUCAUUGGGACAGAGAAAGGCCAGCAGAACCCCUGAAAGCAGGGAUUCUCGGUUUGUUGUUCUUCCUCAGGUGGAAAUAAAAGCGGGUGACGAUUUGAGGUUGGAUCUCAGGGGCCACAGAGUCCGCAGUCUUAAUGCUAGUGGGUUGAACUUGUCGCCUAAUUUAGAGUUUGUUUAUUUGAGGGACAAUCUCUUGUCAACAUUGGAAGGAGUAGAGAUACUGAAGAGAGUCAAGGUUCUAGACUUGAGUUUCAAUGAUUUUAAAGGACCUGGAUUUGAACCUCUUGAUAAUUGCAAAGCUCUUCAGCAACUGUAUCUGGCUGGUAAUCAAAUUACUUCCUUAGCGAGUCUUCCACAACUACCGAAUUUGGAGUUUCUCUCUGUUGCCCAAAAUAAGUUGAAGUCACUUUCAAUGGCAAGUCAGCCUCGACUUCAGGUACUAGCUGCCAGCAAAAACAGAAUUUCAACCCUCAAGGGUUUUCCUCAUUUACCUGCACUGGAGCAUUUACGUGUAGAGGAGAAUCCCAUACUCAAAAUGGCACAUUUAGAAGCAGCUUCCAUCUUGUUGGUUGGUCCUACUUUGAAAAAAUUUAACGAUAGAGAUCUCUCUCGAGAGGAGGUUGCAUUGGCUAAGCGUUAUCCUGCGCAUACUGGUCUAUGCAUUAGAGAUGGUUGGGAGUUUUGCCGUCCAGAGCAUGCAGCAGACUCAACUUUUCGCUUUCUUCUUGAGAAAUGGAAAGAUCAUUCUCCCCCUGGGUACUUACUCAAGGAAGCAUCUGUUGAUCGUCCAUUCGAAGAAGAUACUUGUCUCUGCCAUUUUUCAUUUAACCCAGAAGAUGCAAGUGACACACAAUUAGUGCUAACAUAUCAAUGGUUUAUUGGGGAGAGAAUAGCUACAAAUUUUGCUGCUAUACCUGAUGCUACUGCUGAGGUAUAUUGGCCAAAGCAUGAAGAUAUUGGAAAAGUGUUAAAAGUAGAGUGCACUCCCAUCCUUGGAGAUACAAAGUAUACUUCCAUUUUCGCGAUAUCGUCUCCAGUUGCCCCAGGAAGCAAAAUUCCGAAGGUUGUAAACCUUGAAGUGCACGGGGAGCUUAUGGAGGGUAAUAUUAUCAAAGGCUCAGCUGUCGUGGCAUGGUGUGGAGGAUCUCCUGGGAAAAGUGUUGCCAGUUGGUUAAGGAGAAAGUGGAACAGCCCUCCUGUUGUUAUUGUUGGAGCAGAAGACGAGGAGUAUUGCUUGACAGUAGAUGAUAUUGAUUCAAGCUUGGUUUUCAUGUACACACCUGUUACAGAAGAAGGUGCCAAAGGCGAACCUCAAUAUAAAUACACCGAUUUCAUCAAAGCCGCUCCCCCAUCAGUUCUUAAUGUUCGAAUAAUAGGAGAUGUUGUUGAAGGAACUACUAUCAAGGGAGUUGGUGAUUACUUUGGCGGAAGAGAAGGUCCAAGCAAGUUUGAAUGGUUGUAUGAGAACCAGGAUACUGGAGAUUUUGAGUUGGUGUCUUCUGGUACAUGUGAAUAUACCUUGAAUAAAGAAGAUGUCGGGCGACAAUUAACUUUUAUAUACGUGCCUGUCAAUCUGGAGGGGCAAGAAGGCGAAUCCAUGUCAGUAACAUCUAAUGUAGUUAAGCCAGCUCCUCCAAAAGUCACAAACCUGAAGAUAAUUGGAGAUAUAAGAGAGAACAGUAAGAUUACUGUAACCGGUAUUGUUACUGGAGGAAGUGAAGGCUCUAGUCGAGUACAAUGGUUUAAAACAAGAUCUUCAAUAUUGGAAAGUUUGGAUGGUUUUGAGGCAUUAAGCACAUCCAAAAUUGCAAAGGCAUUCCGCAUACCUUUAGGCGCUGUUGGCUUCUAUAUUGUUGCAAAAUUCACUCCAAUGACUCCAGAUGGUGAAUCUGGGGAACCAGCUUAUGCAAUAUCAGACAGUCCAGUUGAUAUGCUUCCUCCUAGCUUGAACUUCUUAUCAAUUACUGGAGAUUACACUGAAGGCGGGAUAUUAACAGCAUCAUAUGGUUAUGUUGGUGGUCAUGAAGGAAAAAGCAUUUACAGAUGGUAUCUUCAUGAGAUUGAAAAUGACUCUGGUACUUUAAUACCUGAGGUUUUAGGACUUCUUCAGUAUCGUAUUACCAAGGAUGUAAUUGGCAAAUUUAUUUCAUUUCAAUGUACACCGGUUCGUGAUGAUGGGAUAAUGGGCGAGCCAAGAAUUUGCAUGGCACAAGAGCGAAUCCGUCCUGGUAGCCCGAGAUUGCUCUCUCUGCAGAUUGUUGGAAGUGUCGUUGAAGGAACAAUUCUUAGUGUUGACAAAAGCUACUGGGGUGGUGAUGAGGGUGAAUCGGUUUUUCGGUGGUUUCGAACUACCAGUGAUGGGAACCAGAAUGAAGUUAGGGGUGCAACCUCUUCUUCGUACAUGUUAUCAGUUGACGACAUUGGCUUCCUUAUUUCUGUUUCUUGUGAGCCUGUAAGAAAUGACUGGGCUCGUGGUCCUAUUGUUAUUUCUGAACAAAUUGGACCUAUAGUGCCUGGUCCUCCCACUUGUCAGUCUUUGGAGAUUGCUGGAUUGCUGGUCGAGGGCCAACGUUUGAGCUUCAAUGCAGCUUAUAGUGGGGGGGAGAGAGGAGAUUGCCAUCAUGAGUGGUUUAGGGUUAAUAAUAAUGGAAUAAAGGAGGAACGCAGGAAAGAUGCAGAAUUUCUGGAUUUAACUUUGGAUGAUGUGGGAAGCCAUAUUGAACUUGUAUACACUCCAGUACGAGAUGAUGGAAUGAAAGGAAACCCAAUAAGCAUAAUAUCUGAUGCAAUUGCUCCAGGGGAACCUGUGGGACAAAAACUUGUGAUACAAGAUUGCUGUGAGGGCAAAGAGGUAGUUCCAAUCAAAUUGUAUUUUGGUGGGCAUGAAGGUGCUGGACAGUAUAUCUGGUACAGGACGAGGCGUAAGCUGGAAGAAUCUGAACUAGGGGACUCGUUGAAUUCUUGUGAAGAUGCUGUCAUAUGUGAUAGGACGUUAACAUAUACUCCAUCUCUUGAUGAUGUGGGGACAUAUUUAUCCUUGUAUUGGCUUCCCACACGUGUUGAUGGCAAAUGUGGAAAGCCCUUAGUUGCAAUUUCAAGUUCACCUGUAAUCCCAGCCUUACCAGUGGUUUCUGGUGUUUGUGUCAAAGAAUUGUCAUUUGGUAUUUAUUCUGGAGAAGGAAAAUAUUUUGGUGGUUAUGAGGGAUCAAGCCUCUUUAGUUGGUAUCAAGAGACAAAUGAUGGAACAAUCGUUCUCAUUAAGGGAGCGACAUCUAUGACCUAUAAAGUCACUGAAGCUGAUUAUAACUGCCGUCUGAUAUUUGGGUACACACCAGUUCGUUCUGAUUCUAUUGUUGGAGAACUCGUGUUGUCUGAUCCAACAGACAUUAUUCUCCCAGAGCUUCCUAAAGUGGAAAUGCUUGCUCUCACUGGAAAGGCAAUCGAAGGUGAAGUCCUAACUGCAGUAGAAGUGAUCCCAAAGAGUGACCAUCAGCAAUGUGUCUGGAAUAAGUACAUAAAAGAAAUAACGUACCAAUGGUCCAGUUCAGCUGAAGUAGGAGAUACCAAGUCUUUUGAGCUUUUACCUACGCAGCGUUCGUGCUCUUACAAAGUCCGUCUUGAGGACAUUGGUCAUUGUUUGAGAUGUGAGUGCAUUGUGAUAGAUUCCUUUGGAAGAUCAACUGAACCAACCUAUGCUGAGACUUCGUCAGUGUUGCCAGGAGUUCCUAAGAUUGAUAAGCUGGAGAUAGAAGGCAGAGGUUUUCAUACCAAUUUAUAUGCAGUUCGUGGCACUUACAGUGGAGGAAAAGAAGGAAAAAGCAGAAUACAGUGGCUUAGGUCCAUGGUUGGGAGCCCUGAUCUUAUCUCUAUCCCAGGAGAAACAGGCAGGAUGUAUGAAGCUAAUGUUGAUGACGUGGGCUAUAGGUUGGUUGCCAUUUAUACCCCUGUGAGAGAGGAUGGUAUUGAAGGUCAACCUGUCUCAGCUUCUACAGAGUCCAUUGCUGUUGAGCCUGAUGUUGUUAGGGAAGUGAAGCAAAAGCUUGAUCUCGGUUCUGUAAAGUUUGAGGUGCUGUAUGACAAGGACCAUGCUCAGAAGAAGAUUUCCCUAGUAGGAAGCCUCGAGAGAAGAAUUCUGGAAAUUAAUAAGAAAAGAGUGAAGGUUGUAAAGCCAGGUUCAAAGACAUCUUUUCCGACUACUGAAAUUCGUGGAAGUUAUGCACCACCAUUUCAUGUUGAGCUUUUUAGAAGUGAUCAACAUCGGCUUCGAAUUGUAGUGGACUCCGAAAAUGAGGUCGACUUGAUAGUGCAUUCCCGACACCUCCGAGAUGUUAUCGUCCUAGUGAUUAGAGGCUUUGCUCAAAGAUUCAACAGUACAUCCCUUAACACUCUCCUCAAAAUAGAUGCAUGAUUGUUUCUAUAGUAAAAAGAACAAAAACAGAUAUGAAAGUACAGCCAAUUCUUAUCAAACUGAGUCACUCAUCCCACCACCUACCAUCAUUAUUUUUUCCCCAUAAUUAGUUAGUUCAUCAUAUAUAAAGCUUCUUCAUGCUCAUUGUUGUUUAAAGCAGUGGUCACUGGAUUGGUGUUCCAGAUUCAAUUGUAUAUCAUUUGUGUUUCCUUCUCUUGUAUAUCUCAAGUUGUAUCGUAUUCUUGUAUCUUUUAUCUUCUUUCAAUAUAAUGUGCUUGUUUAUUAUUAUUGGAGCU